UGUGGACAACUUUUAGCAUCAACCAUGAACAUUGGGCGUUGGAACUUCUGCAGCUGUUGCCAUGGUAAACACUGAGUUCUGGAAUGUGUUCAUCUCACCUUUGUAGUUUUGUAAAGGUUAUUAGCACCAAGCUAACUAAAACAAGCGGGGCCUCAAAAUGAGCACCCAACACUUGUGAUUAACAUCCAAUUCACAUGUUCCUAUACUUCGAAUACCAGCACAAUUUACAUACUUGCAAAGAUGGCUGGACGUCGGACAUACUUAUGUAUUAAGUAUUCAAUGGUAUUUUCCUGUGCAGUGAUAUUCCUGAGUGGCGUUAUGCUGAUUGGCCUGGGUUCAUGGAUGAGAUAUGGAGCGGCCACACUAGUAAACUUGAUGGGCCAUUACUCUAUGCAGCUCGUCAACCUCAGCUAUAUCUGCAUUGCCAUGGGCUCCAUCCUCAGCUUCACCAGUAUGAUGGGGUGUUUUGGGGCCGGCAAGGAGAAUCGCUGCUUCCUGACACUGUUCUUUAUGAGUAUGAUGAUCUGGGUUGUUGCACAGGUCAUCGGCAUACUUGUUGUCAUGGCGUACAGUAAUUCGGUGGAAUUCAUGUUGUUUGGGGAGUUUAAGGAGUCCUUGGAAAAGUUUUACUUGGGGGAGUCUGCUCCAGACCCCAUCUCCACUGCAUGGAAUGUUGUCAUGACCAAGUUCAAAUGCUGUGGCUUUGAGAACACUACCAAUGACUUUGUGGGAUCCACAUUUACUCAGACCACUGGGCUUGCUUAUCCAAAGACCUGCUGCGCUAACAAAAACUCUCCGUCCUGUGAUGGCACCACCAUUGUCCCCAACCUUAUUCACCCACAGGGCUGUUUUGACAAAGUCAUUGCUGUGAUCAAGAGCGAGAGUUUGAUAUUGGGAGCAGCAGUAGGAGUCAUGGGUGUUGUUGAGAUUGGAUCCCUGAUCCUGUCCAUAAUUCUCUUCAUAAAGCUGGGCAGCAUGCAUUACGAAGGGAGACAGAGAAUCAGGCCAGAAACUUCUGGAGAGAAGUUGGACAUUGGAGAGAAGUUGGACAUUGGAGAGAAGUUGCACAUUGGAGAGACAGACAACAUGAUUAAGGCAACAUGACUAAAGCCAGGGUGACGGCAACAAAGCAUUACUUUUCUUGCAGAGAUUUUUCAAUUCGAUUGGUUAUGUAUAAACAUUAAUUCAACCAUAUUAAAACUUGUUUUUGGG